AUGAACAGAGGUAGAGAUGCGAGCUUAAAGUUAACGAUUCAAGGGUAUCGAUAUAGAGAGGGUCAAAACAAUUUCAAGAUAUCGACUCUCAUAAGCGGCUCAACGCAGGAUGAAACAGCUUUCAAGCUACACGUAGUACCGACUCGUACAAUAUUUAAACCAGUGGCCACUCAGUCAAGUUUGUCAGCACACAGACCAAUUCCAAUGCCCAAACUGCUCCAAGGAAACUUCAAGCUCAAGAAGGAAAAGAAGGACAUGUCUUCUUCGAGGACAUCGCGGUCUAUGGUGGCAUGCAUGAAAUGCCGGCGAGUCAAGGCAAAGUGCGCGCAGUCGGAGAACCCACCGCAGAGCGCAUGUGCUCGGUGCCGCUUGCAAAACAUCACUUGCGAAUAUCCUUUGGCGGAAGAUCCACGCAACUACGAGGACAAUGUCGCGCCAUCGAGUAGCCUCACCAGUAGUCGAAUGCGGAUCCCAGGCCCACAGAGGCCGCCUGUCAAGCAGCGAGGAAAUGGUUCUGUUCUCCCAUACACUGGUCCGCCUCCACCAGCCACACCACCACGAUACUCUUCGAGUGAGGGGAGGCCAUAUCCGAACUUGGGACUGGGUCCGUCUACUAGUAGCGAACCGUCUACGUUACCCUGGCAGCGGUCCUCCUAG